AUGGAACAACAACAUAAUACUUUGGCUUUAAAUGAUAGUGCUGGUGUUUUACCAAUGGAUACUGGUGUAACAUAUAAUGGUGUUCAUGAUGAAAGUAUGAAUAAUCCAUCAUCAUCAGGUAAGACUGGUACAAAAAAAGGUCGUGGUCGUCCACCAAAAUCUGGAAGUACAACAAAAGGAAGUAGUGGUAUUAAUGCAUCAAAACGUGGACGUGGUCGACCACCAAAAACAGGUGAAACAUCAUCAUCAACAAAAAAGGUUACUGCAUUAAAUACGAAAAAAGAAGAAACAUCAACAAAUGUUGAUGUAAAUAAAAAAAGACGUGGUAGACCAUCGAAGAGCAGUACAUCGAAUGAACAAAUCAAUGGAAUAAGUAAACCACAAGUUCGAGUAACUCCGGUUUCAUAUCAACAAGAAAAACAAGUAGUUGAUGAACCAAUAAAGAGAAAACGUGGACGACCAUCAGGAACACCAAAAAAAACUGUAGUAGCUGCAGUAUCAACACCAUCGAAAACGGCUUCAUCAGGAAGAAAACGUGGUCGUCCAUCAGGAUCUGGUAGUAUUAAAAAAUCAUCAUUAAAACCUAAGGCAUCAGUUAGUACUGAUGGUUCAGCUAGAAAACGAGGUCGACCAAAAAAAUCAACAGGAACACCAUCAACAACUGGACCUGUCGCAUCAGUUAAUGAAACAGCUACUGUUACAACAAAUAAUGUUCAAUAA